GGGUGGGACGGUGCAGGCGCAGAGGAUUGGGUUUGGCUGGACUCGAUUUAAAGAGACAGAAGCUGUCGGGGUCCAAGAAGACGGUACCCAAGACCCUCCCCCCAAGUCCUUGGGCCCACUUGGGUCCCCAAAGCUGGGGAGAUGGUUUGCGGAGGCUUUGCCUGCUCCAAGAAUGCGCUGUGCGCGCUCAACGUAGUCUACAUGCUGGUAGGCUUGUUGCUCAUUGGAGUGGCUGCUUGGGCUAAGGGCCUGGGUCUGGUGUCCAGCAUCCACAUCAUCGGAGGAGUCAUUGCUGUGGGAGUCUUCCUUCUUCUCAUCGCGGUGGCUGGCCUGGUGGGUGCUGUCAACCACCACCAAGUACUGCUGUUCUUUUACAUGAUCAUCCUUGGUUUGGUCUUCGUUUUCCAGUUUGGAAUCUCUUGCUCAUGUCUGGCUAUUAACCUAAGCAAACAGACAGAUGUCAUCAAUGCUUCUUGGUGGGUCAUGAGCAACAAGACCCGGGAUGAACUGGAAAGAAGUUUUGAUUGCUGUGGCUUGUUCAACCUCACAACCCUGUACCAACAAGAUUAUGCUUUCUGCACUGCAAUCUGCAAGAGCCGGAGCCCCACAUGCCAGAUGUGUGGAGAAAAGUUUCUUAAGCAUUCAGAUGAAGCCCUGAAAAUCCUGGGGGGUGUUGGACUCUUCUUUAGCUUUACAGAGAUCCUUGGUGUUUGGCUAGCAAUGAGAUUUCGGAAUCAGAAGGAUCCUCGAGCCAACCCCAGUGCCUUUCUAUGAGACUUUGGAUCCUUCUGACUUCUCUCCUGCUGUCUGCUCUCCCUAAGCUUUUUCUUCCUCCCUUAGGGAAAACCUGGGGUCUAUAGCCCUUUUUGUUUGAGAAAAAGGAAAGGCCCUUUGCCAUGCUCCCUAAAGAUGACUGAAUAGCUAGGCUUUAUGCCUUGACAUGUUUUGUUGGGAGCAAGAUUAUAAGGAAUAAAGAAAAACCUUCCUUCCUCUCUCCCUAAGUGGAUAUGGGAAGCUCCUGGCAGUGCAUGAAAUGGGAUGGGCGUUGGAGUCAUUCCUGGCUGUUUCCCCUCUUCUCCCUUCCACAUACUAGACCAUCUCAACACAUCUUUGCUCCAAGAGUAAAUCAGGGACAGAUCCAGAGAGAAAACCAAGAACUCUUGUAAUAAGCAGGACUCGGUUUGGGGAAGUUCAGUGAAUACAAAAAUAAAAACCAUUCAAACUCCAUAAUCAAAGAAGCAACGCAAGUGCCUUUUCUUCUCUUUAGUUAGUUGAGGGGCUCCACUGACUAUGUAGGCCCUGUGACCUAAGGAGAAUGUGCAGGGAAGUUCCAUCUUCCAAAUGGUUUUUUCAAAUCCCCAAACGGCAAAGCCAACCAGAGAAAGAAACAUUAAAGAAAAAAAAAAAAGACCAGAUUUCUUUGUUUUGUCUGUAUAAAAAAGGAUCCCAAUAUCAAGGUAUAGGGAAGGGGAAGAACAAGGGACAUACCCCUUGGUGUAAGGACACAGAGGGGGCAAGAGAAGGAUGAGCCUCAAAAGGAGGGGUGGGAGGGGAAUGUCAUUAAGGCAGCAAAAUAUUCUCUGUAAAAAGUUGGGAGUCAUCUCCAUAGCCUCAGAGAUGAAGGCAGAGAUCACCUUCUUAGUGGGGGGCUCUCCACUCCAAUGUUCAAAGGAAGGGAAAUGUUGGCUUCUCUUCUCUUGGUUCUGUUGCAACCAUUCCAUGGCUCACUCUGGGUUACCUUCUGCCUUAUGUAGAUAAGAGUGCUGCAGGGCUCGGAAGGCAGAGAUUCGCUUGUGUGGGUUAAAAGUCAGCAUCUCCUGAGAAGGGAGGCAAAGGUCAGAAAACCAUGAAAGAAGACUUCUGCUCACCCCCAACAAUACCUGGGAUGGGCUAUUUUCUAUAUCCCUCUUUGUGGACAGCCAUUCAAAGCAGCAAUAAAAACUAGCCCAUCCACCAACAAGUCUCAGUAA